CCACCACACCACGCACAACCACCCAGCACGUGAUGCGCCCGCAGGCAAUGGGGGCAUUUAAUAUGCUCUGGGCCCCCAGCAACAACGAAAUUGCAAGAGGCCGCUGCAAUUGCCGUGGGGGGGCAGAGGGCCGGGCCGAGCGCAGCCAGGGCGCUCCCCACGACCAUGCGCGCAGGCCAGCGCAAGCGCCGCAGACGGCCGCAUCGCCCAGCGCAGAACCCGGCCUUCAACAGGACCUCCCCGGCACGUUGAGCGUCGCAGCGCACAGGUGCCUCGGCGCAGGGGGUGCCGCGUUCCGCUACGCUUUCCAAACUUCCGGCACCUGA